AUUAAAUAUAACGUUGAAUAAUUUUAUAAACUAUUAUUAGUAAAAACAACGUAUCGAAUAAUAAUCAUAUAAAAUAAUUAAUCAAAUAGGUGCAAAAGUUGAUUGUUUCAGAAUACAAUAUAAAUAGUUUCACGUGUAUAUUAUACAAAAAAUAAGAUAGAUAAAAUAAGAAAACAAUGGAUACUUCGUUAAAAACAGGUGAUCAUAAUUCAGAUCAUGCUGUAGCAGGAGCUCUUAGUGGCUUUGUAACAAGAUUUAUUUGUCAACCGUUAGAUGUUGUAAAAAUUAGAUUUCAGCUACAAGUUGAACCUAUUACUAACCAUCAUGUUAGUAAAUAUCGUUCUGUAGCACAAGCAUUUUUCUUGAUAUUUAAGGAAGAAGGAAUUUUCGCAUUAUGGAAAGGACAUGUUCCUGCUCAGUUACUUUCAAUUACAUAUGGAAUGGGGCAGUUUUAUUCAUAUCAUAUGUUUAUGAAAGCAUCUGAUAAUUUUUCACUGUUAAAUGAAUGGAAAUAUUCAAUGAAAUUUGUAGCAGGAGCAGGAUCUGGCCUUGUAGCUACAACUUUAUCAUUUCCUUUUGACACUAUAAGAACCAGAUUAGUGGCACAAUCGAGUAAUCAUCAAGUAUACAAAGGAAUAUUUCAUUCUUGCACUGCUAUUCUUCAACACGAAUCACCAAAAACUUUUUUUAAUGGUCUAUUACCGACUUUAUUGCAAAUUAUACCGCAUAGUGGUCUACAGUUUGCAUUUUAUGGACUUUUCACUGAUACAUAUAAAAGAUAUAACAAUGAAACAAAUACAAGUUUUACUAAUUCCAUGGUAUCUGGUAGUGCAGCUGGUAUAUUAGCUAAAACUGCGAUAUAUCCGUUUGAUCUCAGUAAAAAAAGAUUACAGAUACAAGGAUUUGAACAUGGUAGAAAGAAUUUUGGUGCUUUUUUCCAUUGUUCAGGACUUAUAGAUUGUCUCAAAGUGACAUUAAAAACUGAAGGUGUAAGGGGGUUAUUUAAAGGUUUACUACCAAGUCAGUUGAAAGCUGCAGCAACAACAGCAUUACACUUUACCGCAUACGAACAAAGUUUAAUACUAAUAAAAACAAUUAGACUAUAUACUUCAGAAAAAUAAAAUGAUUAGAAUGCCAGAUGAUAGUUUAAGAAUCAAAUAUAUUACUAUUGUCAUUUGUAUACAUUUAUAUAGUAAUAUAAAAACAACACUUAUUUAUACAAUAGAUACAUGAAAGUAAUAAAUAAUCUUUGUUUAU